AUGUCACUAUUCAGUCACUUACGAUCCAAGGAGGGCUCUAUUGGCUCAACGAACGAGCUCAGCGCCCAUGAACUUCCCCCCCCAGUGCCACACCCCUCGCCGCACUCGAAGCUCGCACUCAUUUCCACGCCCGAAGGACUGAUAAUUACUCCCGCCGUUACCGGAGCAGACAGCGUAGAAAUUGCCAAGCUUGCAUGGGGAAAAGAGGGCAAGGUGUCAUUGAUGAAGACUAGGAAUCCUUAUAGAGGCGGGCAGCCGACGGUGCCAGGGAUCGUGGGUGUGCUCCAUUUGUUCAAUCUGUCAUAUUUGCUUGUUGUAUCAAGUGCUGUACAAGUAGGGAACUUGCUCGAUCCAAGUCGCACCAUCUACUGCGUGAAGGACGUAACAGCCAUACCACUAGAUGAAACGAAAGCUGCUGCCUCUCUUAAACUUCUCACACGAAAUGUUGGCACCGCAACACCCCUACCUGAAGAAGACGAGGACGAUGAGGAAGACGAGUCAGACACCGACGUAGAAGCCGCCUCCUUCACUGAACUGGACAUAAAUCAAUCAGCUACAUUACCCCGUACCACAGUCUCCUCUUCCACGCUGAAGCCUCCACCUUCAACUACGUCCCCAGGCCGACCCCGUAAACUACCCGAUAUGGCCCGUCGUCUCUCCUUCUGGCGCAAAGUCGCCCGCCGCCAGCAGCCUCCCCCUUCUCCUAUCACGCCUCUCGCAGUAGAACUCGGCGCUCCCACCGUCGUGCAAGAGAUGAAUCCCGCUGCGGCUGCUACGCUAGAUGCUAUGGGUGGUCCGGAGGAAGUCAUCGGGGUCAAUGGCGGCAAAGGCACGGAGCAUGGUCGGCAGGAGAGGCUAGCGGACGUGGAGAGAAAAGUAGUGAGGGAAUGUAUUAGACUCUGGACGCAAGGCGGGAUGUUCUUCGCUUACGACUUUGACAUAACACGCGGUCUACAGCGCAAGCACGAUAUGAACAACCGCAGGCGGCAGCAGGAAGACAUCCUCACCGAGAUAGCGGGUCCCAAGUCCUCUGGUCUCGCUCCCCAAAUUGUCAAGCCCUUCACAGAGCCCAACCCGCAACUGCCGCUUUGGAGACGAGUGGAUCAUAAGUAUUGGUGGAAUAGGAACCUGAUGGGCGAUUUCCUCGAAGCUGGACUCCACAACUAUAUCCUCCCUAUCAUGAACGGCUUUUUCGAGAUGUCGACGUUCCACCUCCCCAUACCCAGUUCUGGCGAGGAACGAGAGAACGUCCCUGUAGACUUCACAAUAAUAUCAAGACGAGCCUGCCAACGACCCGGGCUGCGAUAUCAGAGGCGAGGGAUCGACGACCAUGGCAAUGUUGCCAACUUCGUGGAGACAGAGGCGAUCAUUUCUGUUGAACGAGACGAAAAGAGGAACAUUUUUGCACAUACCCAAAUCAGAGGAUCAAUACCAUUAUACUGGAGCCAGCCGCAACCUGGUCUGCAGCUCAAGCCCAUACCUAGACUAGACCGACCACUCGUGGACUCCUCCGAGAUCAUGCGAAAGCAUUUUACGAAACUCUCAAAUUACUGGCCGGUGACAAUCGUGAACCUCGCAGAGUUGACGGGGAAAGAAUCGGUCGUCACGCUUGCAUACCGCGAGCUGGCACAGGGACUGAAUAUGAAGGAUGUGAAAUACCGAGAGUUCGACUUCCACCAUGAGUGUAAGGGCAUGAAAUAUGAAAACAUCUCAAAACUUAUCGAUACGUUGCAGUCGACAUUUGCCUCUCAAGGCUUCUUCUGGGCCAACGGCGACGAUGUUUUGAAUGAGCAGAGAGGCACGUUCCGCACCAACUGUAUAGACUGCCUAGAUCGGACGAAUGUCGUGCAGUCUGCCUUCUCGCGUUACGUUCUGGAACAACAGCUUCAAGCAGCAGCAUUACUUGGUGUCUCUCAUCGAGGCAAGACAGAGCAAGAGAUCGUGUUCAACAGGGUGUGGGCAAACAACGGAGAUGCUAUUAGCCGAUCAUAUGCCGGAACGUCCGCUCUGAAGGGAGACUACACCAGAACUGGCAAACGUGACAUAAAUGGUAUGCUGAACGACGGCAUGAACUCGCUCGCCCGAUUAUAUUCAUCGGCAUUUGCCGAUUACUUCACCCAAGCUGUGAUCGACUACUUUAUGGGCAACCGGAGAUUGUCUGUGUUCAGUGAAUUUCUGGAGAAGCUGCAAUCGACAGACCCGGGUGAGAGGCUGCAUCUGUCGAAGAUCCGGGCGGACGCGAUUGAGACAUGUGCUGGGCACGUUCUUGACGAUGACGACAUUCUUCUCGGCGGUUGGACCUUGUUUUCCCCUGCAGAGUUGGAUACCAAGAUGGGGAAAAGUUUCGAGGAGAAGAUUCUGCUACUUAGCCCGAAAGCGCUCUAUAUUAGUAGCUAUGAUUACGCACUCGACAAGGUUGUCAUGGUCACACGAGUGCCGCUCAAUGACAUAGUCAGCAUUCAGAAAGGCGCCUACAUUCUUUCUACUCUGCAAGAAGCGGCCCGUGAUCCGGCCGAGAAUUACGGCCUGCUGCUCACCUGGAAGACGAGUCACCUGACCAGACGAAUGACGAGUUACUCAUUGCGGAACAAGCCCGACCUAGUUGAUGUUGUGGAUGUGAAGACCAAAAAAGGGCUCAUCCGGACUUCAAUAUCUCGAAACAACAGCACAGUAUCCUUGGGCAAGGGGUUGCCAGAAGAAACCCAAUUCGCCGCGUUCAAGGCCUUGCCAACAAGCACCGCGGCCUCAGGCCGUGACUUGGAUGCCGUACCGGUCAUCUCAUGCAAACACGCAGUCGACGUCAUUGCGGACACCAUCGUCCGAGCUUGUAAGGGGAUGGAAGCGUCUCAGAAAAAGGAUUUCGUGAGAGUUCAAGACAUAAUAAGCCUGGAGGAAGCCCGGCGAGAGACGACGGUGUAUGCCAAGCUCGAGUAUUACCUGAAGCGCAGGCUGUGGCUGUAG